CCUUUCGGAACAUAAGCACCAAAAUUAACCGAAACGAAAAUUCAGACCCAGUCGGAUUCAUCCGCUUCCAGCCAGGAGCCUAACGCCGCAAGAAAUAGCAAAGGACACAGGACACGAUGGAGCUGUGGCAUAAGCUGAGAGUCCAGUUUCAUGACUUCUUCCACGUGAACUACCCGUACAUAGCGCUCUACAGCGGACUGGGCGUGGCAGUAACAGCCUACUUGCACUACCAGUGGAGCGUCCACCACUACGACCUGAUGUACUGGAAGCGUUUGGCGGAGGUCUUCUCGCAGGACAUCGACUGCUUCCAGAUGGCCAUACUGCUGUUGAUCUUCGCGAUUAACGCCGUUUUUGUGUUCAUUAUCCUGAGCGUCUAUCUGCGCCCGGUGCUCGACAAUGGCGGGGAGAUGUCCUUGCUGGAGAUUAAGGAUCGCUAUGCCCGGUUCAUUCUGCUCCGCCUGAUAGCCCGCCUCGAUCGCAUACAGUCGAAGGUCUCCGCGAAGCGGAAGAGCCUCACCUUCCAGCACUAUGUCAGGGCACACACGAACAUGGUGAAGGCGGUGGCCGUGUUCCGCAAGGAUGCCCGCAAGCUAAUCCUGCCCAACGAGAGCGAGAUCCUGAUGCCCAUCGAGGAUAUCUACGGGGUGGCCGAUGACGAGGAGCGACUUCUCCGGCGAUCGGGCUACUACAAACUGAUCAUCGACACCACCGACGAGACGGUUAAGGCUCUCUUCAACGCCAAGUUGGAGGAGAUCCUGUUCCCAAUCAGCUAGCUGGCUCGGUACCGAUUGAAACUAUGAGUAAACUGCAGUCCACCACUAA